AUGUCGAUUUUCUACAAGCUGAAAUCCGAAAAGGAAUUUAAAAGAUUGAACUUUGGUGAUUUUUUCAUCUCUGUAGAAGAUGUUAAACGUGAAAUUUUAAUCAAGAAUCGUCUUGGCAAGUUGAACGAUUUCUACAUUCAAUUGAUGGAUGCAGAUACCAAUAAAGUAUAUGCUGAUGACAAAAUGUUAAUCUCGAGUAAUAGCAGUGUUUUAUAUGGAAGAAUACCAGUAGCUGUUAAGAAACAAGGUCCUAAAACAUUGAUAGAUAAAAAUGCAACUGUGACGACUGACAAGAUUGAUGCAAUCAUCAAUCGAAACCCUACAAAUAACAAUUCUAAGAAAAACCAAACUGCCCCAAUAAAUAGGAUGAUGCCUGCAAAUUAUGUUUGCCGAAAAUGUUAUAUACCAGGGCAUUGGAUUAAUGAUUGUCCUUUAGGCAAAGACAGAAUGCCGAUUAAGAAGAGUUCGGGAAUACCCAGAACAUUCAUGGAAACUGUGAAUGGUCCAGAAGUCGAGGGAGCCAUGUACAUGUCGAAUGGAACAUAUGGAAGAAGACGCAACAACUUUGGACAUGUG